AUGGUUAUGUCUCGUCGAAAACAACGUCAUCCAAAGUCAUUAAAAGAAGGUGACGAAAUAUUAUUUGAUUUACCUAACGAACUUGAAUUUGAUGAAGACUCAAAUCUCAUAAUUGCUCGAACGAAUCUUAAACAAGAUCAUUGUGUUGGCCGAUUUCCUGCCACAAUACAAAUUGAAGACCGAAUAGAAUGUUUUCAGUUACUCGAUAUUAAACAUAAUUGGCUGGUACAUUGUUCGACACUAAAUAAUUGUUCAAUCAAUUUAAAUUUUACAUUUGAAAAUAACCGAUUAUUUGUUAUUACUAAAGAGCCUAUUGAAAUAGGUACAAAACUUCAUUUAAAUAAAACUAUUCUUCCAAAAUUAAACAUGAAUAAAGAAGUUCAAAUCAAAAAUGAACCGAUAGACAUUGAAAUGAACAACAAAUCAACAACUGAAAAACAUUAUCCUCUUACUUUUAAUUGUGAUACAUGUGAUAUUCAAUUUCGUCAUCAAAAUACAUUAGAUGCACAUCGUCUACAUUAUUGUAGGAAACGCGAAACAACAAAAAGUCACUCAGCAGAUUCAACUGCUACCACUGGAAUAAAAAGCAUGAAACGCAAAUCUACUGAUAUGGUUGAUUCAUCAUCAGUGCCCACAAAACGCUUAUCUUUAUUAUCGAACGACACUUAUUGUCAGGAAUGUGAUAUUUUAUUUUCUGAAGCCGAUAAAUUUAUUCAACAUAAAUUACAUUGUUGUCAAACCAAAUCAUCUUCUGGUCACUUGAAAAAUCAAUCGAUACCAUUCGAUCGUCCAGUUCAAAUAGGAAAGUAUAUCUAUGUUCCGAUACCUGUUAUUUCUGCAAGCCGCGACAUUUCGAAUCACGAUAAUAAACCAUUAGAUUUAAGUAAACCCAAGAAAAUUAAUGAUAAAGGCGAAAAAUCAAUGGUUUCAUCUAGUUUACCAUUAGAUUUAUCGACUGAAAAAACCAAAAGCAUUAUUGAACGAAACCUGCAUCGAUGUGAAUAUUGCUCUAUAUGUUUUCGUUCACUGAAAACUUUACAGGGACAUCAAGAUAACUAUUGUGCUGAAUAUCGAAAACAAAAUAAAUAUCAUCCUCAUUAUUUAUCAACAGAUAUCAUUACGAAUGAUCGAUCUCAAUCAACUCCAUUAUCUUCAUCGAACAUUUCAAGAUCUCCAUCAGUUGAUUCAUUAAAUUCAGUGCAUCGUUCAUUUCUAUUUAUGUGUCGUUUAUGCAAAUAUCAAGGAAAUACUCUUCGUGGAAUGCGUAUGCAUUUCGAAUUUCAUUUAUCAAACAAUGAAUUAUGUACUGAUGAUGAUAUCAUUGUAAAAUCUACAACCAAAAAUUCUUUACCGGUUCCAGUGCAAACAAAUCAAGUAUUACUAAAAUGUAACAUAUGUUCAGCGAUGUUCGAUUAUGAAGAAAUACUCUUAAAUCAUAUUAUACAUGUACAUACUAAUGAAAUAUUACUUGAAUGUUUAGAAUGCCAAUCAAAAUUUAGUUCGAAAUGGAAUUUAAUUCGACAUAUGAAAUUAGUGCAUACAAAUAUAAAAUAUGAUGAUAGUGAAAAAGACGAUGACGGUAAUGAAAGAAAUGAUCAACAAACAAAAUCUAAUAAAUGUUUAUUAGAUGAAAAUGAUAGAUCAUCGGACUCUUUGAAUCUCAUUCAACAGAUUCUUAUGAAAUCAAUAGACGCUUGUUCAAUACAUAAAAAUAUAUCGUGUCCUUUUUGUCAUAUAAAAUUCAGCAGAAUCGAUACAUUACAACAGCAUAUGGCAAAUUAUUGUUCAUCACGACCAACAACUACUGAUAUAAUAAAAUAUAUUACGAAAACAAAAACAAACGAUACAUAUUGUUCGUCAUGCCAAAUUUCAUUUAGACACAAAACAUCUUAUGAUGCACAUAAAAUGUAUUAUUGUCCUGAUAGUAGUAAAGCUAAUGUUAAAAUAUCAGUUUGA